GAUUUAAUGUCUGAAACAUGGAAUGAAAUGAUAAUACAACUAAAAGUACUUGUAGCUAGAGAUCAAACUUAUCCUGUAUCUGAAUUGAAAUUUGCAUUGCGGGAACUCUCCGAAUAUCUGCAAAAGCAUUAUAAAAAAAAUUGUAUUGUAUUAAUUGAUGAAUAUGAUUCCCCAAUGGAAUGUGCUUAUAAUAAAGGAUAUUAUGAAAUUGCAAGUGAUUUUUUUAAAGUCAUAUUCUCAUCAUUAUUAAAGAGCAAUGAUGAAAAUAUUGCGAAGGCAAUGUUGGUCGGUGUAUUGCGGAUCACAAAAUCAGGGUUUUUAUUAGAGUUAAAUAAUAUUAUAGUUUACCCUUUGCAUCAAGAAAGUCAAUUCCCUCUUUACGUAGAUAAGUUUGGAUUUACACCUGAUGAGGUAGAAUUAUUACUGUCAAUGUAUAGUACCUUAAAUACUUAUUGGGUUGAUACAGGAAGCACUCAAAUAUUGAAAAGAUGUAUAUGGAAGACAAGUACUUCAUUUAAGAAAAUCGUCGAGAAGUUGUUAAAAGAGGAAUAUAUAGCUGGUAUUGAGAUUCAAGAUGAUCUUCAAUAUUUAUAUUUGGAUCAAUAUCAAGAUUCGGCUAUUUGGAUGCUUUUGUAUUAUGCAGGAUAUCUCACUAUGAAUUCUGAGAAACAUCUCGUUAUUCCAAAUAAUGAGGCUGGUUUGGGGAGAUAUGAUGUAGAAAUAAUUCCAAAAUCGGGUGUUGGUGAUAUGGUUAUCAUUUUUGAAUUUAAAGUUGUUCAUGAUAAUGAAAGUUUACACGAUGUGGCUCAUGAAGGAUUAUGUCAAAUUGAAAAGAAGCAGUAUCGAGCAGGUUUACAAGACGAAGUCAAAAGGCUUUUGGAAAUGGGAAUUGCGUUUGAAGGAAAAAAGACUUGUGUAGUAGGGCAUUUAUUGCAUAGAACUGAGGAUAGAGAAUGGAUCAAAUCUUUACAAUGA